UAAAUGUGUGUGCAGUUCCUUGCGCAGGCGCAGUGGCUUUACCAUGGCGGAGUUGAUUUCUUUCGCGGUUCCCACCCAGAGUGACAAAGUUUUGUUGGUGUGGGAGCUGAGCGUCGGUCCCCCAGCCGAGGCCUUAAUUCAUUCUCUGUCCGCAGUGUUCUCCCAGUUUGGCCUUCUAUAUUCAGUCCGAGUCUUCCCGAACGCUGCCGUGGCUCGCCCUGGUUUCUAUGCCAUCAUCAAGUUUUACUCAUCGAGGGACGCGCAGAAAGCCCAAAAGGCAUGUGAUGGGAAGCCUCUUUUUCAGACUUCGCCCGUGAAGGUUCGUCUCAGCACCAGACAGAAAGCACUGCGGCACCGGACCUUUGCCCUAAACAGCUCACGGUGCCAAGAAUUGGCGAAUUACUACUUUGGCUUCAAUGGAUGGUCAAAAAGGAUCAUCAGGCUGCAGGAGCUCUCUGGAGUGGAGGACGGGGCUCUCACGGGGCCUGUGCAGAAGCGGAGCCUCAAGUUCUUCUGUGCUGUAGAGGUGGUUCUGCCGCCCUACGGGUGCAAGAGCCCCGGAGUCGGCAUCGCUGAGGAGCCUCUGCACCAGCCGGAGGAGGAAGGACAGUCCUCGUUUCUGAUGAAGAGGAAGACCGCGCAGAAGCUCGCAAUCCAGAGCGCUUUGGCAGAUGCCUUCCAGAAGCUGGCCAUCGUGGUUCUGGAAAGUGGCAAGGUCGCGGUGGAAUACAGAGCCGGUGAAGAAUCCAUCAAUGCCGAAAGUGAAGAAGACCUGCAGAGUUUAAUCCAGGAUACCAGUUUCUUUGGGGAGCAAUACCUUGUGUGCUGGUUUGAAAGAAAAUGCCCUCCCCCCCAAGGAGAAGCACUGUUUGGAGGUGUGGCCUUUAUUGGAGUGGGCGUGGUCUUGUGGAUGAACUGUGUUACUGUGGGGGCGGGGUUGAGGUCUUCUCAAGUGUCACUCAAUGUGGUAAUCAACUUCCUGCUGCCUUCUGGUCAAGACGUUGUCACUCUCGGCUCCAGAACCACGUCUGCCUGCACGCUGCCAUGCUCCCUGUCAUGAUGAUAACAGACUGGACCUCUGAACUGUAAACAAGCCACUCCAAUUAAAUAUUUUCUUUAUAAGACACCGUGCUGUGGUCAUGGUGUCUCUUCACAGAAAUAGAAACUGUAAGGCGUCCUGAAUCGGAUUUGUUCACUGGUCCACCCCAGAGUGUGCCUCGCUGACCUAUAGCUCCCGAAACUCCCAAAGGUGGUUCUGGUGAUGGAGUGGGUCAGAACAGGGCUCUGCUGAAAAAAUCGGUCUCAGCCACUAAGAGGAGGUUCUCAGGACAAAAGGCGGGGAAUCAGGCAAAGUCAGGAUAGAGGGUGAAGGUGAAGAGGGGAGUAUUCGCCCUGAGGUGGGGAGGGAGGGAUGAGAAGGGCUACCUCUGGAUAGAGAGGACACAGACGUUCCCAUGGGCACAUUGGCUUAUAAAGGAAACUGGGAAACCCUGUGUUAGGAAGAGGCAUUCAGUUUUCACUGGGUGUGUUAAUUAGGUGAGCCAAAGGAGGCUUUUGAUUGCUGAACUUCAGUACUUUGAUAGCUGGGCCUUGGUAGGCUGCCUCAGGAGGAGGAAGUGACCAAAUAAGGGAAUAGACCUUGGUGGCUAGCUUUAGGGUUGUGAUCUACUGGUUUUUAGCAAGGCAGAGGGAAUGGGAGAGAGGCAGGGGUGCUAGAGCCACGGUUGGAGUGGGUGUAUUAGAUUCUAGUUAGCAGCAGAGACUCCAUUCGUCCCAGCCUGCCAUUCUGCCCUGAGCUGCUACCCACAAUUUCCUGAGGCUAGACGGCAGUUGUCCCCCCCCAAAACCCCUCACACUGGUGUAACCCACAAUCCACCCCCUUCUGUUUGGUUGGCCCAGAGCCUGUCUGAACCACUGAGCCACAGAACUCCCUGAUAGGCUGCAAGUGUAUCACCAUGGAAAGCCCCCAAUCACUUCUCCCCGUAUUAGGACUGGAUGGGACCUGGGAGCUCUUUGUAAUUUUCCCCUUUUAAACUGGAACUCGCUCUGUAGACCAAGUUGGCCUUAAACUCACAGAGA